UGGUAGAGAAAGCAUGAGCCUCCAAGAAGCCUGCAGACCUGGUCCUGGAACCCAGCCUAGUUUGAGACACCUGGGUUGACCUUGCACCAGCCACCUCCUCAGGAUGGCGUGUAUCUCACCAUUGACCGGGAGGCCUGGUCAGCUUAGCCCCAAACAACACUGUCAUCCUGCCUGCAGUUUUUUCCCUCUUUGUUCAUAAGAAUAUGAAAAUUUCAGUCAGACUCCUUGUCAGAAUAAAAUGCACAGUAUAUACCAUUCUCCUGAUGUCUCUACCCAAAACCCCAUAAAAAAGAAACAGAUGUGCUCAGCAUGCCUUGUUUUUUUGCAACCCCAUGCUUAUCCCUUGUGAUCACUGCCUCCUCAGCUCGGCAUCGUAGUAUAGUACUCUUUCCUCAUUUGUUCUACAGUUUUGCCAGAGCUCAGUGUCUAAUGUUUCAGGAUCUACCUAUAGGAUUUUGCCCAGAGCUGCCCUUUGGCUCCCUAUGGUUGGCUAGUGUGCCUGCAGAGUCCCUGCCUCCCUUCUCUGGAGUGCAGCUGCUGUGGCCCUAAGGCUUGGAAACCACUUAAGGCAUCCGUGUGCCUUGCCAGCCCAUCACCUGUCCUGGGCUUCAGUUCCCCCUCACCUUUUCCCAUUUAAGAAUCAUUCAUUCUCCCAAAGAGAAGGGCCACAGGCCAGCCAAAAUGUGAAUGGUUCGAGUGGUCCCUCUUUCUCCUGACCUCUCUUCUCUUCUCGCCAGAUGCCCAACAGGGGCUCAGUGCUGGAGCCAGUCUGCCUUUCCACAUCUCUGAAGUAAUGUCCUUCCUGUCUCUGUACUUCCUGAAAUCUGCGUUGCAAAGAUCCACAGACCAGCAUGGCUGCCACUGCCGCUGUCAGUCCCAGUGACUACCUGCAGCCCGCCGCCUCCACCACCCAGGAUUCCCAGCCAUCUCCCUUAGCCCUGCUUGCUGCAACAUGUAGCAAAAUUGGCCCUCCAGCUGUUGAAGCUGCUGUGACACCUCCUGCUCCCCCGCAGCCCACACCGCGGAAACUCGUCCCUAUCAAACCUGCCCCUCUCCCUCUCAGUCCCGGCAAGAAUAGCUUUGGAAUCUUGUCCUCCAAAGGAAACAUACUUCAGAUUCAGGGGUCACAACUGAGUGCGUCCUAUCCUGGGGGGCAGCUGGUGUUCGCUAUCCAGAAUCCCACCAUGAUCAACAAAGGGACCCGAUCAAAUGCCAACAUCCAGUACCAGGCGGUCCCUCAGAUUCAGGCGAGCAGUUCCCAGACCAUCCAAGUACAGCCUAAUCUCACCAACCAGAUCCAGAUCAUCCCUGGCACCAACCAAGCCAUCAUCACCCCCUCACCAUCCAGUCACAAGCCCGUCCCCAUCAAGCCAGCCCCUGUCCAGAAGUCGAGUACCACCACCACUCCUGUGCAGAGCGGGGCCAAUGUGGUGAAGCUGACAGGUGGGGGUGGCAAUGUGACACUCACUCUGCCUGUCAACAACCUCAUGAACACCAGCGACACCGGGGCCCCCACUCAGCUCCUCACGGAGAGCCCUCCUACCCCACUGUCUAAGACUAACAAGAAAGCCAGGAAGAAGAGUCUUCCCGCCUGCCAGCCCCCCGUGGCUGUGGCUGAGCAGGUGGAGACCGUGCUGAUUGAGACCACCGCAGACAACAUCAUCCAGGCAGGAAACAACCUGCUCAUCGUUCAGAGCCCAGGAGGGGGCCAGCCAGCUGUGGUCCAGCAGGUGCAGGUGGUGCCCCCCAAGGCUGAGCAGCAGCAGGUGGUGCAGAUCCCCCAGCAGGCCCUGCGGGUGGUGCAGGCGGCAUCUGCCACCCUCCCCACCGUCCCCCAGAAGCCCUCCCAGAACUUUCAGAUCCAGGCAGCUGAGCCGACACCUACUCAGGUCUACAUCCGUACGCCUUCUGGUGAGGUACAGACAGUCCUUGUGCAGGACAGCCCUCCAGCAACAGCUGCGGCCGCCUCCACCACCACUUGUAGCAGCCCUGCAUCCCGUGCGCCCCAUCUGAGCGGGACCAGCAAAAAGCACUCGGCUGCAAUUCUCCGGAAAGAGCGUCCCCUGCCAAAGAUUGCCCCCGCCGGGAGCGUCAUCAGCCUGAACGCAGCCCAGCUGGCGGCGGCGGCCCAGGCCAUGCAGACCAUCAACAUCAACGGUGUCCAGGUCCAGGGUGUGCCCGUUACCAUCACCAACACUGGCGGGCAGCAGCAGCUGACGGUGCAGAAUGUUUCUGGGAACAACCUGACCAUCAGCGGGCUGAGCCCCACCCAGAUCCAGCUGCAGAUGGAGCAGGCCCUGGCGGGAGAGGCCCAGCCCGGGGAGAAGCGGCGCCGCAUGGCCUGCACGUGUCCCAACUGCAAGGAUGGGGACAAGAGGUCUGGAGAGCAAGGCAAGAAGAAGCACGUGUGCCACAUCCCCGACUGCGGCAAGACUUUCCGUAAGACGUCCUUGCUGCGGGCCCACGUGCGCCUGCACACUGGCGAGCGGCCUUUUGUCUGCAACUGGUUCUUCUGUGGAAAGAGGUUCACACGGAGUGACGAGCUCCAGCGGCACGCCCGCACCCACACAGGGGACAAACGCUUCGAGUGUGCCCAGUGUCAGAAGCGCUUCAUGAGGAGCGACCACCUCACCAAGCAUUACAAGACCCACCUGGUCACGAAGAACUUGUAAGGCCAGCUCAGGCAGGAGGCCCUGAAGAUGCAGUCUGCUGUCUGUGUCCCACCUGGGCCCCCAGGAAAAAGGAGGCCCUGGCUGCCCUGGGCCCGCCCUCAGCCCCUCCCUCCUGUUCUGCGACUGUCCUCAUAGGAAGGGGCUCUGCUGCCCCGUACUCACCUCCUUCUGAACCCUUUGGUGCCGCCCUGGCCCUUCCCUCUCACCACGAGCUCCCGGCCUGCCCAGACUGUGGACACUGGCCGUGCCCAAUGAGACGUUCUAAACCAGGACGAGUGGGAACCCUUAUUUCCAAAGGAAAAACAUGAAUUUCACUCCGUCGAGGAGCAAAGUGAGCCCCCCCAACACUGCCGGAGUUGCAUCGUGCCAUGCCCCUUUCCUGCACCUCCCUGGCCCCACCAGCCACCGCGGACGCCCCGGGGCCCUGCACCCAGGGCACCAGUGGCAUCUGCCUCCACUCCACAUGCCCCAGCCCCACCACACUCUCCUCCAGCACAUUCCAACUUUCUAUUUAAAAAGUAAAGCUACCCACAGACUCCCUGACUCCCCUCUUUUUCUAUGGAGAACGUUGCCUUAUACUCUACUUCAGAUGAUGAACACUGUGUAUUGUGUGUGCUUUAAAGAAGUUUUAUUUAACUGCUCCCCUCUUCCUGUCCUUGUCACUCACCUCCCCCAUGCCUGCUUUCAGUUUAGGGUUUUGGGGGGCAAUGAUGAGCAUAUGAAUCUUUUUCUCACUCUAGCAAUUCUCUUUUCUAAAUGACAUAGCAUUUCAGCUCGAAUCUGGAUUCAGAUAAAAACACCUCCACAUCCUGAACCCCUCCCCUCCCCCCUUCAUCUCACCCGCCGACCGGCCCAAGCUCUACUGUGUACAGUGUAUAUUGUAUAAUAGACGAUUGUGUCUACUACAUGUUUAAAAACAUAUUGCUUGUUAUUUUUGAGGCUUUUAAAUUAAACAAAAAUCCAACUUUAUUUUUAGUUGUAACUGCUUGAGGUAUGUUUUAUGAAUUAAGUGACAGAUUUGUUAUCCUUUAUUAACGAUGUACUUUGUUGGUCAGCACUGGGCUGACAAAAAUUUUUUCUUGCUAAUAAAUUUAGUUGCCUGAGGCAAAUUCUG